GCGAUACUCAAAGCGUGGACUCCCAAUGACGUUGGUUGGAAUCUAUCUCUCUGUCGCGGCCCAAUUUGUGAUGACAGGCACUGACACUGACCAUCCAUGCUCAAGUUGUGGAUCUCACUGGCUCUGGUCGGAAUCAGUCUCUCAAUACCUAAUGUCUUCCAGAUUUCUCCAUUUAUGCCUUCCUUUUCUGCACCACCAUUUACUUCAAUGGGUAGCGAUAAAACAUGAAGUAAGAAUAGAACUUAUAUUUUAGUUAUUCUCUCAAACUUCAAUUAUAUGAUCAAUUCAAGUUAUAUGUCAGUUUAAAGAAAAGGUGAAAUAUUUGCAAUCUCCUCUAACAGAUAUUUUGCACUACCGCUGCAUAUCGGCCUGUUAUAGAGAUGACAAAGCAAGAAAGUGAUAUUGCGGUCACUAAGACCAAGAAGUUGGUUGAUAUGGCAGCCGAUGAUGUUCCAGUAGCUCCACCACAUUCAUCUAGACACCAAUCUACUUGGGAAAGUGUUUAUUGGCCGCCUUACAAUGGAUCACGAAUUGUGCACGACCCAUCCAUGCUUCGUGCAAAGGGACGAUCAAAGUUCACACGAAUUAAGAAUGAGAUGGAUGAAGGUGGCAGAGGAACCGUAAGAUGCGAAAUAUGUAAACAAACCGGUCAUAAUAGGGCCACGUGUGUGAAGAGAUCUUCAGGAGAUGGUGGGGGGGGGUCCACUUCGCACUAUGAAGGUGUCACACUGUGUCAGCAGAUCCAAGGCUGAUUGAUGACCAAGACCAUGACCAAAACGAUAAAGAAGACCAUGAAAAGUUGUAGUCUCUCUAUUAUUGGACGAAAUCAUGUGCACCAAAUUUUGUAGAAACACUUUACUUUUUAACGUACUUUCACCUCCAAACAAAUGAGUAUUGUGUUAUUAAUACUUUUUCAUUUUUUAUGACGUGUUGAUGUGUUUG